UAUCGACAAUUGAUACAUUCUAUUUGAUCGCUCUUGAAGCACCGCACAUAAUUUCCGAACACAUCUCGACCGUAAUUCCGUUAAUGUUAUCAUUUAUUCAGUCGACGAAUGAAAACACCAUGAGAGUUCGUAUAUCCUCGUUACAAUGUCUGGGCGCAUUUCCCGAUACGAUCCCAUUCGACGUGUUGUAUCCUUUCAAAUCAAAAGUUUUAAAGGGGGUGGGAAAUGCUCUGGAUGAUAAAAAACGGUUGGUUCGAAAAGAGGCAGUUGAUUGUCGUAGCAGAUGGUUCUUAUUUACGGGACCUAAACCGAAUUGA